GAGUACCUGCUGGAUCACUGCGGCGCCCGCGUGGAGGAGGGGGGCUCGGUCAACUUCGAUGGGGAGACCAUCGAGGGGGCCCCGCCGCUCUGGGCGGCAUCUGCUGCCGGGCACCUGGGGGUGGUGCGAAGCCUCCUGGAUCACGGCGCGUCGGUGAACCAGACCACGCUGACCAACUCCACGCCGCUGCGGGCUGCUUGCUUUGAUGGGCACCUGGAGAUCGUGCGCUACUUAGUCGGGGAGCGUGGGGCUGACCUGGAAGUAGCCAACCGGCACGGACACACUUGUCUGAUGAUUUCUUGCUAUAAAGGGCACCGGGAAAUUGCACGUUACUUGCUAGAGAAGGGCGCUGAUGUCAACCGCCGGAGCGUGAAGGGGAAUACGGCCCUACAUGACUGCGCUGAGUCCGGCAGCCUGGAGAUCCUGCAGCUCCUGCUCCGCUCCAAAGCCCGCAUGGAGAAAGAUGGCUAUGGCAUGACUCCUCUGCUAGCUGCCAGUGUCACUGGUCACACCAACAUUGUGGAGUACCUCAUCCAAGGAGGGCUGCAGCAGGAGGAGGCAGAGGCUGCUGUGGAAGCACUGGAGUUGCUGGGUGCUACGUUUGUGGAUAAGAAACGUGACCUUUUGGGAGCCCACAAGUACUGGCGAAGGGCGAUGGAGCUUCGGUGUGAGGGCGGGCAAUACCUGCCUAAACCUGAGCCCCGGCAGCUGGUGUUGGCCUAUGACUAUUCCCGGGAAGUCAGUUCAUUGGAGGAACUGGAAGCCUUGAUUACUGAUCCCGAUGAGAUGCGCAUGCAGGCCCUGCUGAUCAGAGAGCGCAUCCUGGGUCCUUCCCACCCAGACACUUCCUAUUACAUCCGUUACCGAGGAGCGGUCUACGCUGACUCCGGCAACUUCGAGCGCUGCAUUAACCUGUGGAAGUACGCUCUGGACAUGCAGCAAGGCAACCUGGAGCCUCUCAGCCCGAUGACUGCCAGCAGUUUCCUUUCCUUUGCUGAGCUUUUCUCUUACGUGCUUCAGGACCGCUCCAAAGGCACUUUAGCGACCCACUUGGGCUUCUCUGACCUCAUGGGAGUACUGAGCAAAGGGGUCCGGGAGGUGGAGAGGGCGCUCGUGCAUGGCAAGGACCCUGUGGUUGACUCAGCGCAGUUCACCAAGACACUGGCCAUUAUCCUCCACCUGGUCUUCUUGCUGGAGAAGGUGGAGUGCACCCCGGAGCAGGAACACCAGAAGCGCCAGACUAUCUACCGCCUGCUCAAGUGCAGCCCCCGGGCCAAGAAUGGCUUCACUCCGUUGCAUAUGGCUGUGGACAAAGAUACCACGACUGUGGGACGUUAUCCCGUGGGCAAGUUCCCCUCGCUCCACGUUGUGAACUUGCUUCUGGAGUGCGGGGCUGACCCAGACAGCCGUGACUAUGACAACAACACCCCGCUGCAUGUGGCCGCCCGCAACAACUGCCCGCUGAUCAUGAGUGCCCUGAUGGAGGCUGGAGCCCAUAUGGAUGCCACCAAUGCCUUCAAGCAGACUGCUUAUGAGCUGCUGGAUGAGAAGCUGCUCACCAAGAGCAUGAUGCAGCCCUUCAACUACAUCACCCUCCAGUGCCUUGCUGCUCGCGCCCUGGACAAGCACAAGAUUCCCUACAAGGGUUUCAUCCCCGAGGAGCUGGAAGCCUUCAUUGAACUGCACUAGGGCGGGAGAGCUGAGGUCCCCAGCCUUUCCCGUCACCUCUUUCACCCCGCAGAGGUAGCGCAGCCUGAGACCUCGGGCCAUCCUCGCCUCGGUGCCGAAGGCCAUCGCUGUGCUGAGACGGGCUGCGAGCUUUGUCCUCAUCUGUCACCAUCCAGCUGGCGUGGGUUGGGGGAGGAGGAGGCGGCUCGAGAGCUCGUGGCUGUCCCUCGUUGUUGUCAUCUUCAGGUACCAGAUAUCUCCAGUGCGCUGUGUCCAGAGAAGGCCGCAGCCCUUGCCCUUUCCCAUGCCAACCGUCUUGUCCUGAGAAGGAAGGAAAAUGGAGAUUCCCUGGGACCUGCUGCCUCUCCCAUUAGUGCUGGAUUAACUCAGCGUUAAGCUUCCGAGCAGCUACACAUCACACAUGUGCUCUAGCCCUUCCCAUCCUAAAUACUGAACAGAUAGGAAUGCGA